UAUGCAUGGCGAACUCCGCGGCGGUCGGAGAUAGCGCUGGCUGGCACACCGCGGUCGCUACGAAAAAGCAAACUCAGUGCUGUCCCAACGUUCACUCAGAAAUGUCUGCGAAGCAAAAUGAUAAAUCAAAAUGGCGAAGAAGGAAAUGCACGAAAUCACCAGUUGUAGACAAUGACUGCGUAAGCCUGGCGUGGCUGUUGAAUUUUAGAUUAGAUGAAAUAGUUAAGGUAAAAGUUCCGGAUGACGACUUCGUGCCGGAGCCGAAGAUCGAGGUGACGGAUACUCCGCCCGCUGUAAGGAAGCCACCAUUUACUUACCCGGAGCUGAUCGAAAAGGCUUUGAGAGAAAAGGGAGAAUUGACGGUAUCGGCUAUUUACCAAUGGAUCUCUGAUCACUUCCCCUACUACAAAGCGAAUGAUGACCGCUGGAAGAACUCAGUACGGCACAAUUUGUCCAUCAACCCGUACUUCCGCAAGGGGGCGCGCGCACCGCAGGGCGCCGGCCACCUGUGGUCGCUCGCAGCAAACGCCAUCGACCUGCUGCCUUUAAGACAUAACGACGCUGAUAAGAAUACUGAAGUCGUUCAUGAAGUACAUAUCCUAGAAUGUCCUAAGGUUAUAGUUCUAGACGAGGCUGCGAUCGCCGCCGCCAGCAUCAUUCCCGAACACGAUCUAUUCACCGGUAGUACAAUGUUCCUGAACCCCGUAUCGACGGAGCAGGUCGUGCGGGAAUGUGGACUUAUCACUGUAGAUUAGUGUGUAUAGUAAUAGUAAAGGCUUUCCAAGACUUUGAAUAGUGGCAUUACGUGUCAAAAAUGAUGCCACAUCUCAAUAGAUUCCUGUAAUUGUAAUGUUUUUUAUUUUAGUAAACCUUCGCAAUCAUUUAUAGGAGUUGAUUUUAUUAUCUAAUUUAAAAUACGUAGUAAUUUUCAACAAAGGAUUAUAUCGCUUUGUAGUUUUUAUAACGUUAAUGCCAUUGUUUAAAUACGAGUAUUUGUAAU